AUGUUCUACGAGACACUCUACGUCCAUGAUGCAAAGGCGGCAGCUCAUCAGCCCAUGCCGUAUAGACACGCCCCCCAAAAGUCCUCCUCAGGCAAGCAUGCCUCAAAGCCGCAGUCGCAGCGCCCCAAGGCGCUCGAUGCAGAUGACUUGACCAGGAGGCUGUACGUUGUGCUGGCCGAGCAAAAGGCCCAUGCGGAGAAGAAGAAGCGCGCGAGGGCCGCCGUCGAGGCCGAACGAGAAGCAAACGCUGCAGCCGUGGCACGCAAUGCCAACGCUUUGCAUCCUGGCCGGUAUGGAAUUCCCUUGGGGCCAACAGUUGCGUCUACGCAGAUACAGAAGCAAGAAGUCACGGCGGCUAAAUCACAUGUCAGAAAUGCACCUCGAGACUCAAACGAACACCCGCCCAAGGCGGAGAAGCUGCACAAAGCUGGAGUGAAAAAUUCUACCUCGUCUAGCAACAGGAAUUCAGAGGAUACGCCGCCGUCAAACUACCGUCAUGUCCCGCAGGUUGCUGCGUCGCAGUUUGCCCGCACCACCACCACCGAGACGGUGACGGAGAAGCAUCUCGUGCACAAGCUAUCCCGGCAGGCCCUCAAGUUUCACAUGCAAGGCCCCAAUGCAAUGGUGGCCUCGGACCUUGCGCCGUCCGAUCAGAACAAAGCACUCCGAAGAGUGCAGAGCCUGAGAGAGAGGCAGUAUGAGCGGAACCAAUUUCAACACACCCACUCACUCGCCACCACCACCGAGGUUGACGAGAGGCCCGCGACCGCCGCCCCUCACACAUUCCAAGAAUAUCUCAAAUCUAAAUGUCUAGAGGCCCUUGAUGACCCGAACAAGGAAACGCGGAGGAGGAGUGUGGGUGCUAUCCUCGGCAUGAUGGUAUCGGCGGAUGCCGAAGCCGCUGAAAAGUCCAUGUCUUCAUUGGACAAUCAGUCCGAUACCGUGCCGGUCAACCCUGACGAGCACCGCGUGGAUUGGACCCAAAGUGACGAAGCUGCCAUUCUUCUGCAGCAGAGGCAACAGCAACAGCAACAGCAACAACCAUCACAUAAGCAGCCGCAACCGCAAAAGAGCGCGGUUGGCCACGGCGUUUUGCGCAAAGCCGAAUCAAAAUGGGCUUUGCGGACAAAACUCGGUAGUUUCAGCAAGAAAGGCGACAGACUCUCCUCACCAACGGAGGAGAAAGACGCCGAGUCCUUCACCGAGACGCCCAAGUCUCCCACAAAGUCAGGAGGGCUCUUUGCGCGAUUCAAGCGUUAGCCAAAUGCAAAAUGACGAAUUAUGCCCGACAUGAUGGGGUGAAUGAACACGUACCUUGGAUAAUCUGAUUGGAUGACUUAAUGAUGAGGAUGAUAUAAUGCAUAAUAUAGGGAAGAGGGGAAUUUAUACAUUGAUUAUGGAGGGAUGAUGAGCCAUUGUUGGAGAGGGGGUAGAGGAGACGAGCCGGAAUAUGCUGCAGGAGAGUCUUGUCGAUGAACAAUAUUAUACCCCAAAAACCAUAGAGGCCAUUCAGGCCUGUAGUCGUCAAGUUUUUCUUAAUUUCUUCGUGUCUUCA